UACAACCACUGAGACUGGGGGCCAUUACAACCACUGAGACUAGGGGACAUUACAACCACUGAGACCGGGGGACAUUAAAAACCACUGAGACCGGGGGACAUUUAUAUAAUUAAAAUUACUAAAACCAUGUGUGUUUAUUUCCCUGCAGAGGUCCAGGACUACAGCCUGAAAGUCUCCUACAUGAAGGACCUGGUUCGCUCUCUGCCUCUGCCGAACCACGACACCAUGGAGCUGCUGUUCAAACACCUGCGCAGGGUGAUCGAGCACAAGGAGUCCAACAGGAUGUCGGUUCAGAGCGUCGCCAUCGUGUUUGGCCCCACGUUGCUUCGCCCUCAGACCGAGUCCGCCAAUAUGACGAUCCACAUGGUGUUCCAGAGUCAGAUAGUGGAGCUCAUACUCAACGAGUUCCACACCGUCUUCUCCCAGAGGUAGGGGGGAACCUCCUGGAGCUCCUCUGGAACCUCCCAGAACCCUGUGAGACCUCCUGCAAGCCCCCCAAACAUUAGGAAACCUGCUGAAAGUCUUCCAAAGUGUCAGGGAACCUUCUCAAACUUUGAACCUAAUCGUUACCUCGUCUCUGACCCAAGUUCACCGGAGAUUGAACCUGGAAUCUGCUGGCUACAUGAUGCCUCUUUCUAACUGCUGUGAUGCAAUGAUCCAAGUAGAACUUGAGUGGAACCACUUAGAACCCUGAACUAGUUUUGAAACAUUUGACAGCAGCCUUGCUCUUUUUUUUUUAAGGUAAUCGACCAAAUGGAAGAUAUAUUCUUGCCACUUUAAAUCCUCCAGACAUCUCACUUUGAACAAGAACUCUUCCAACAAAUUCCAGAUCCUUCAGGAACUUUGUAGAUCUCCAGGACUAAAAAAUUAUGACAGGGGAUUACAACUGAAACCAGCAGGCUUCACCAGGUAGCUCUCUAACUACCGCACCUGAAAUGGUCCCGGUAGAACCAGAGUGGAACCAUCUAGAACCCUGGAGUGGUUUUGUUAUUUUAAACUUGAGCCAUUUUACAAUUUAAAAGACCAACAAAAAUUUGACAUUUUAGCAACUUAUAAAACCCACAUCAGAGUUUUAAAAAGUGCCUGGUCAUCAGAGUUUAUUUGGGUAGAACCUGGAACCUGCCCUUUACCGACCACUAAAUAUCACUGGUAGAACUUGAGUGGAACUAUGUAGAACCUUGGACUCAUUAUGACACUUGUGAACAAAAUUAAUUCUCUCACUUUGAGGAACAACUCUCCCAAAACCUUCUAGAACUCUUUAAAAAUCACCUCCUUUUUUAAAUUGGGUUGACAUUUAAAUUCCAGGGGUGUUGAAGCUGUUGAGUACAUAACACUCUCAUCACAAGGCCACCAAGCCGUAUGCACCACAGUAAGACCCUGAAUUGAACCACCUUGAACCCUGGACUGGUUCUGAAACCUUAACCAGCACCGCCACUUUGCUUUCAAGGCAACAGACCAAACAAAACACUGAAUAGAACCCAGAACCCAACAUCUCAGAGUGAGAACUAUCCAAACAGGUUCCAGAUUCUUUUGGAACCUUGUAUAACUCUGGAACCAAACAUCACCUGACCCAGGUGGAACCACCUAAUCCACUGGUUCUAAAAUGAGAGGAUUCUCCAGAACCUUCAGAACUCUGGACCUCCGUGACCCGUCCGUCUCCAGUGAUUCUGCCUGUGCUUUCCUGUUUUUAAGGAAAGUUCCAGUCUCAAAGUUCACACACUUUCUCUAGAACGACCUCAAAUGUUCUAUGAAGUAGUCAUGUUCUCAUAGACUUCUAUACAAUCAGAGGAGUCGCCCCCUGGUGGACACUAGAGAAUGCAGCUUUAACACAUGAAGCUUUUCUACAUGUAGAUGAACACUGGAUCCUCUAAAACCACAUUCCUACUGAAGUUUAAUUCAAAGUUAUAAAUAAAGUCACAGAUAUGCACAUAAAAGUCAUUUUCUAGAAUAUGUUGAUACCAAGUUUGUGUUUUAGUUUGAAAUCAAUAAGACUUAAGGCGCUGGAUCACAAUCAGUCACGUAGUGUUGUUUUCAAGAGAGACACAAAAUAACACCACAGAAGAAGAAGAAGAAGCGCUUUGUCACAGGAAAUGAGUCUUUGUGCUAAGCUAGGCUCAACACACCCUGGAUCUAACUGUUAAAGUGUUUAUCGUUGAAUGUUAAUAAGAAUAUAAAGUUGAGAGGACCCGGGACAUUUCCCUGAGGGACUCCUCAAGUUAUUAAAGACAGAAAUCAGAGUUUUAUGAGGGAUGAAUUUUACAGGAACAUGUUUACUGUUGUUUGUUUGACAGGUGAAUAGAAAUGAUAAUCUGUAUGUUUGAUGUUAUUGAGUUAAUAUGUAUUACAGAUAUAGAACAAAGUACACAUGGAAGAUUAACAGAUUAAAUCAAAUGAACUGA